AUGGCAACCUCGACGAGCUCGAGAGCGACGCCGUUCAACCCGCUCGACCACAGCCACCGGCGGUGGAACCCGCUCAAGCGCGAGUGGGUCCUGUGCAGCCCGCACCGCACCAAGCGCCCUUGGCAGGGCGCCGUGGAGCCUCCCCAGCUCGCGUCCCUCCCCGCCUACGACCCCAAGUGCUACCUGUGCCCGGGCAACGAGCGCGCCGGCGGGGCCCUCACGGCCAACUACGACGGCACCUUUGUCUUCGAGAACGACUUUGCCGCCCUCCUCCCCGACGAGGUCGCGCCGCCGCCGGCCGCCCACGACGACGCCGCCGUCGCGAGCCUGUUUCGCACCGAGAACGCCCGCGGCAAGUGCUACCUGCAGGACAAGGCGCUUUCCGCCCCAAGUGACGCCGCUUGUACUGACGCUCUCCGUCGUCGCUCGCAGGCCUGGUCGCUGUCGUACAUCCCGAGCACGCCGCAGACCAUGCUCGACGCGCAGCGCGCGUACGCGCUCGAGCACAAGCCUGUCGAGGGCGUCCCUACCCUCACCAACGGCCUCGCCUCCCUCCUUCUCACCUACGCCUCGCACGAGCUCUCGCUGCACCACAAGUCGCCGUCGACCUCGCGCGUGACGCACGUCGGCGCCCACUUUGUCGCCCUCGUGCCGUACUGGGCCGCGUGGCCGUUCGAGAUCCUCGUCGUGCCGCACCGCCGGCACGUGCGGAGCUUGGCCGAGCUCGACGACGAGGAGCGGAGGGACCUCGCCGAGACGAUGGUGAGGGUCGCGAGGCGGUACGACAACCUGUUCGAGUGCUCGUUCGCCUACUCGAUGGGCGUCUACCAAGCCCCGACGCACGUCGCCUCGCCCUCGUCGUCCUCCUCCGCCGCCGCCGACACGUCCGACCUCGGCGCGUUUGCGCAGCUCCACCUCGGCUUCUACCCGCCCCUCCUGCGCUCGGCGACCGUCAAGAAAUACCUGGUCGGGUUCGAGCUCUUUGCCGAGACGCAGCGCGACAUUACGCCCGAGCAGGCGGCGCAGCGCCUGCGCGACAAGAGCGACGAGCGGCACUACAAGGUGGACCUUGUCGUGGCGCACGAGCAGGAGGGCGAGGGCGAGGGCAGCACGAAGAGGGUCGUCGAGGAGGGCAAGUAGAGCGCGAGGAUGAGGGCGGCGGCGGCGUAGACGUCUCGAGCUGGAAAAAAGAACCUGGCAGAGCGUUUCCUCG